AUGCCUCUGCCGCUGUUUGGCAAAUCGCAUAAAUCACCUCCGGAUAUCGUUAAAAAUUUAAAGGACUCAUUGACACAACUGGAAAAAUUGGAACGAGGAGAUAAAAAGAAUGAAAAAGUUGCAGAAGAAGUGAGCAAAUCACUUCAGGCAAUCAAAAGUAUCAUUUAUGGACAGGAGAGUCAGGAACCGCACUUGGAACAGGUAGCACAACUGGCUCAGGAAUCAUAUAAUUCAUCGAUUCUCCCUAUGCUGAUCCAGAACUUGAUAAAGCUUGAUUUCGAAGCAAAAAAGGAUGUUGCACAAAUUUUUAACAAUCUACUGCGACGGCAAAUUGGAACACGUUCACCAACGGUGGAAUAUGUACAUACACGACCGCAGAUUCUUGAAGCACUUGUUAAAGGGUAUGAAACUCCUGAGAUAGCUGUUACUUGUGGUAGUAUGUUAAGAGAAUGUAUCAGGCAUGAAAAUCUUGCAAAAUUGGUUCUUUAUGGCAAUGAUUUUUACAAAUUCUUCAGUUACGUGGAGGUAUCUACAUUCGAUAUUGCAUCAGACGCAUUUUCGACCUUUAAAGAAUUAGUCACGAGACACAAGACAAUUUGUGCUGAAUUUCUGGACAGCAAAUACGACGAAUUUUUCCAGGCCUAUCAAAAUUUGCUGAAUUCAGAAAAUUAUGUUACAAGAAGACAAUCUUUAAAGUUGUUAGGCGAAUUAUUGCUGGACCGUCACAAUUUUAAUGUAAUGACGAGAUAUAUCAAUAAUGCUGACAAUCUCAAGCUCAUGAUGAAUAUGCUCAAAGAGAAAAGCCGUAGCAUACAAUUUGAGGCAUUUCAUGUUUUUAAGGUUUUUGUGGCAAAUCCGAACAAAUCGAAGGCUGUUGCCGAUAUUUUAUUGAGGAAUAAGGAGAAACUAGUUGAAUUCCUUACUAAUUUCCAUACUGAUCGUACAGAAGACGAGCAGUUUAAUGACGAGAAGGCUUAUCUCAUCAAACAAAUACAGGAUAUGAAAGCAUGA